CAAACACAUUCACAACCCCUCCCCCCGCUGCCAUAUAUACAGGACGACACGUCCUAUAACAAGCAAGAGCAACUACGCGACUCUCCGCGGGAGGUCCAUGGUCGUUUGUAAAGACGCGUAGAGUGGACGGGGAGAGGAUUCCCACCUCGAGCGAAAAGACAAAAACAAUAACUUUAAACCAGGGAGCCGGAGGAGGAGGAGGAGACGACAACGUCGGAGGAAGAGUGAGCAGGAACCGGGAUGAGCAAAGGCGCGAUGCCCACUGCGGAACGUGACUAGAGUCAUCCGCGAGCAACAGCAGCAGAAUCGUCAGCAGCAGCAGCGUCGGCGGCAUCAGCGCUAGAUUUAUCAUCGGCAUCAGCAGAAGCAUUUGCGUCGUCAUCAUCAUCAGCAGAAGAAGCAGCAGCAGCACAUUAUGCACGCGCCGUGCGUGGGAGUCGCGUCUGUGAAGAUGGAGGGGGGACACGAGCCCGACUGGAGCUCCUACUACGCCGACCCGAGCGAGACCUACAGCACCUCCGCUGCCAUGAACGCGGGUCUGGGCGGCCUCGUCUCCAUGAACGGCUACCACAUGGGCCACAUGCACGGGACCUUGCAACCACCGUCCUCCGUGGCGCUCCCCACAUACGGCUCCCUGCAACAGCAGCAGCAGCAGCAUCAUCAUCAGCAGCAGCAGCAUCAUCAUCAGAGCUCCGCCACGACAUCCCCGCAGCUGUGCGGGGUGAUGCAGCAGAGCGGCACGGCGCCCGGCACCCUGCAAGGAGGCGGCUACGGGGGUCUGAUGGGCGGCAGUGGCGUCGGCGUCGGAAGCCCCCUCGGAGGGGACCCCUACGGCGGCGAGGAUUUCCUGCUGCAGGGCGCCGGCGGCGGCGCGGCGGGGGAGGCGCGCGGCCCGGCGCAGGACGCGGCGUUCAAGGGCUACCGGCGGAGCUACACGCACGCCAAGCCGCCGUACUCGUACAUCUCGCUCAUCACCAUGGCCAUCCAGCAGUCGAGCGGCAAGAUGCUGACGCUCAACGAGAUCUACUCGUGGAUCACCGACCUCUUCCCCUUCUACCGGCAGAACCAGCAGCGCUGGCAGAACUCCAUCCGCCACUCGCUCUCCUUCAACGACUGCUUCGUCAAGGUGCCGCGCUCGCCCGACAAGCCGGGCAAGGGCUCCUUCUGGGCGCUCCACCCGGACUCGGGGAACAUGUUCGAGAACGGCUGCUACCUGCGGCGGCAGAAGCGCUUCAAGUGCGACAAGAAGGGGACGCCGAAGACGGCCAGGAGCGCUUGCGGCGAGCAGCAGCAGCAGCAGCAGGGAGGUGAACUGCAGAGUAGCCGUGCGGAGGAGAUGGAGCAGCAACAGCAGCAGCAGCAGACUCGGCCAAGCUCGGCCUCAGCUCUGCACCAUCACGAGGACUCGCCGCCAGCCGAGGCCAUGGUAUCCUCUUCUCACCGCCAGGACGGCGCGCUGGUCCUCCCGCCGCUACUCCAGAGCCUCCACCAUCAGCAGCAGCAGCAGCAACAGCAUCAGCAGCAGCAUCAUCAUCAGAAUCAUCAACAGCAACAGCAGCAGCAGCACGGCGCAACCGAUCCGGCCUCUCUGCACCUUAAGAUGGACCCCAACUACUUUAGCCACCCAUUCUCAAUCACCAGCCUCAUUUCUUCUGGACAGCUGCAUCAGCAACAGCAGCAGCUGCUGCAGCAGCAACAACAGCAGCAGCAGCAUCAGCAGAGGAUGGAUUACAAGGGCUAUGAGCAGGUAGUGCAUGGAUUGUCCGGGUACGAGUCUGAGAUGCACGCGGCCAUACACGGGAAGACACUGAUGGAACACACGUCCAUCGGCACCACUGACCCAGCAGUCUACAGAGGUCUGUAUGCCCGGCCACUCAUGAAUUCGUGAUUAUAUCAAACCUCUUAUCUGUGUGCAUGUGAUGUAUAUAGCAGGGUGUCCAUAAAGGUGUCAUCCAGUCAUAAAGGUAUCAUCCAUUUAUAAAGGUGUCAUCCAUUCAUAAAGGUAUCCAUUCAUGAAGGUGAAUCAACACCCUGCACCACCCCAAUUCAAACCAGAUGUUCCAUCUCAAGGGAUAACCCAGGAUAUAUAUUUUAACAGGUUAGUAGGAUAUGAACACGGCCUUUUAGUCAAUCCGCUGCUGGACAAAUGUCUCCCCACACCAUCGUCUGUCAUGGGGGACGAUAUGUAAACAUACUUCACCACGCUGGUCAAUGCGGUUUAGUGAAUGGGGGAGAGGGGAGGGGCGGGCUCGGGUAUCCCUCGCGAGUCUUGGCUGUGGCCUGGAAUCGAACUCAGGUUUGCAGAGUAGAGGUUUGGAGGGAAGUUUUGGUAUAGUUUUACCUACACCCACACAUGUGCCUUCUAGUCAUAUAAUAAUGGAUGACAUUUUUUUACGGGACAGCACAAUACAUACUAUGAGAAACAGCCACAACUCGUACACAAUAAACAGAAUUCGAACGAAUAUUAUGAUUCGUGCAUGCCCAAAGAUGAUGAACAUUGAGCCCAUGAUGAGCGGUGCCCCGAUGACUAUCUGUGCAUCAAGUCGUGUCAAUAAGCAAGGUUCCCCGAUAAGUGGCAUCAAAAACGCGUGCGUACAACAUCGAGAUGAAUUCGACAUAUACCCCGAACAAGGCUACAUAUAUAGGCGAGAAUAGGUGAAUAGGUUGAAUCGAUUCAUAAGCUAAAACGAUGACGCGCGCACACGGUCGCGAUGUUCGCGUGUCAAAAUCGAAAUCCGUGUUUUCCGAUCCGCACGCGCUGGACGAGACAUCGACAUCGGGCGGUCAUGGAAGACGUAGGUCGACUGGCGGCCACGGGCACAUUCGCGAUGGCUAGGGAAUGGUUGAGGCACAGGAGGGCGACGGACGAGCCCGCCGACACGCGGCGACCACUGGUGGAGACUGAGCGACGCGAUGGGUCAUCGCACGCGGCUAGGAAAUGUGACAUCACGAGAGAUGCGAAGACGGCGAAGAGAGAUGCUUCCGUCCAACAGUUGACAAGAUCAAGGCUGCGGUGGCUGAUGGAUGAUGAUGCGGAAGGAUCCCUGCAGCCGCUAGAUGCCGCUACAUUCACCGCAAUGUGCACAACAACAACAACAAAAACCGUCAGAAAUAAUAAUCGCGAACGAAUAUUUUAAUGCUGCGUUAAUUACACGAACGUGAAGCCCAGGCCGUGCAGUGUCAUCGAAUCCCAGCCGAUUGCACCCUACACGCCUCAUGACGACAACAGCUGCCGCCAUCCACCACUAAGCUGUGGUGACGCCACCACGGCGCUUGUGCCAGGCUAGGUGCACUUUGAAGGCCACGUGAAGUGUUGUUGAAGGCUCGCCGGCAACGAGGUCACGGGACAGACCCAGGUGCCACGGGUUGACACACGCACACACACACAGAUAUCCAUUCGUUGUGAAAUAUAACGAAUACUGUCAGCAAAUAUUAAUGUACGGGACAAGCUUGCACAGAGAGAGCCUUGUGUUUGGUUUAUUUGUUGAUGCUGCUGCUUUGGUAGUGGUGCACAAGCACAACAAACAACAACAAAAACUCAACACGUUCGGUUUCAAUAACACUGAAUGAAGUCAAUAAUACGCUUAUGAUAGACGACGUUUCGGGCAAUGACGCUUCUUCACAGCACAUAAAUGUCGAAGCCCCGUAGUAUGAGGUGCGGUCUCCAAGUCGUAUGCACUUUAUCUCUCCGGCCUCUGUGUAUGUCCUAUGACGAAGGGCCAUUUCCUGAAACGUCAGACAUAUAUUUUUCCUUUCAAGGCCACAUACAGUGCUGUUGACGAAUGUGUUAGAAAUGUUUUUGGUUCGCAUGUGUGUUUGUGUGUUGAUUCUACUGUAAUCUGGUGAGAGAUGUACCUGUUGAUGUAUGUUUGCAGAAUCUGGUGGAUUGUGUAAUAUUUGGUGACUGGUGUCGUUGGUUUACGUGUAUUAACACUUUGGUCCGAUGAUGUUUGAUGGUGUAUAUGUAAGUUCUGAUGUGUGUACAUGUGUGUUGUUUAAUAUCAAACAUAAAAUGAUCCCCUUUAUAGCCUUAACAGACUGUUGGGGCAAGUGCUGUUAGCUGGGAGCACAUGAGGGGGUGGGUGGCCGACACCACGUCUGGCCGCCUUUGUCUCUCUCGU